AUGGAAUCCACCACACAGGCAGCUCACCAGCCGGCCAUCAGCUCCCAUGGCGCCAAGGUACGCGAGGUGAUCCUGCUACUAGUGCUCGGUAUAUAUGUGAUAGUAUGCCUGGUGUCUAUGGUGAUGCUCCUGCACCGGUAUCUGAAGCGCCACGACAUGUUUAUAGCCAAGCGGUCUGCAGUUCUAAUAACCUGCCAGGCUACUGCUGGCCUACUGGCAGGCGUGGUCUGUCUAGCGGCAUCCGCGCUACAGAACUACCCAUGUGCGGCCAAGCUGUGGGCUGUGUAUAUUGGUGUUCUGCCGUGGAUUGGAGCGCUGGUUGCGCGAUCUGUGCAGCGCCUUGUGCUGUACAGAUCGGCACGCGACACCUCCACGUGCUGCAAGAAGGCAGGCUGCAGACCGCCGACAGCAAUAAGGAGGCCAGGCACGGGGAGCCGCUUUGAUGACGAGGGGCAGCGGCCUGACACGGGCAUGACAGUGGAUGCGUGGUCCGAGUUUGAGUGCCCCAGCCGCAAUUCUGUGUCGAGUCUGCCGUACAACCAUGAGGCAUGCAAUGCGAUAUUGCAUCAGAGCCGAUACAACCGAUUUGUCACCGACAGGGUGCUGGGAUUGUACUUGUGUGCAUUUGGCUGUGUAUUGGUGAUAUAUGCGAUGAUCACCAAUACACAGUCGAAUCGGUUCUCGAUAAACACCAGCGUCUGCGAUCGUGCUGGCUGGGAGCUGUGGCCCGCUUACGCUAUCGCUAUCGCACUGGUUGGUGGCGUGCUUCCAGCAUUGGCAGUGGCCAUGUGGCAAAUCAACGAUCCGUACGGCGCGCGUAGCGAUUUGCUGCUGUGUAUAGGAACGGCGAUUCUGGGGUCGGCGGUGUAUAUUCUGUGGCAGACAGUGUUCCAGCGGCUCCGCACAAUGCUGUCGGAGCUGUUUUUCAUCUGGAUAUGGAUGCUGAUAGCGCACAUUUCGUCGGUGAUCUGGCCAUUGGUUUGCGCCAAGGAAUACCACGAGAAGAUGAAGAACCGACCGUCAUCCAAAGGCAUAUCGAACAACUUCCGUGGAGCCCGGGUCCGCCGCAGUGUAUACACAGCACUAUAUCGUGAAUUCCACAUGGUUUUAGAGGACAGCGAUCAGCGAAUGCGGUUCUUGUCGUUUUCUGCACGCUACUAUUGCUCGGCACUUACUGCAUUCCUCGACGACUACCAGGCGCUAAAGUUCCAAACAAUCGAUGCCCUAAGGCAUGCACGAACGCCACAUCUGCUGCAUGGGUCAGCAAGCCGUUGCCAGCAGCGGGAUAAGGAGCAGCCCAGGUCGCUUGAGGCAGAAAUAGCAGUGUCGGCAGAGCAGGUGCCUAGUGUCACAGCACCCCCAAAGAGCAGGUUUGAAAAGUCGCUGCUGCUGGCGCCUGCCUCAGUACUGCUGCCGCCAGCGAGUCGCGGUAGUAGCAACAGCACCUUGCAUGGGCCGUGUCAGACGCCUGUGACGGUCGGGAUUUUUGACUCUGCAAUGAUGCUGCUGCCGCCUGGGGUUGUCGACCGAACAUCGCAGUUCCCUGAGGCGGUCAAAAUUGCGUUCUCCAGCCUUGUGUCCAAAUACUUUAGCAAGUCUUCCCACACGGCAAUCAAUGUGCCAGCGUACAUCGUCGAUGACGUACACACGGCGCUCCAAAAAAACAACGUCUUGCUGUCGAUUCUCGAUCGGGCCAAGGACGAAGUCCUAUUUUUGCUGUGCACCGAUGUAUAUGCAAGCUAUCGCAAGCGGCCAGAUUUCAACAGCAGCCUGGCGUCGCUGGCACCACUGGCCAGUUAA